AUGGGUAGCGACAGUUCAAAGCUACGCACAUCAACUAGUGCUCAUGAAAAACUGCCCUCUAUUAGGUUACCCAGUUCGACCAGUUACUACGAUGGCAUGUAUAAAAACUGUGAUGCAAUAAGUCGAACGGGCAGUUCCAAAAGUCGCAGUGGUGAGAGACAUCCGCUAUCGGUGAAGAUGCGACGGCUGAUUUCGAGCUGCUUUGCGAAUCCGCAUGAAAUGAUUGGUAAACGAAUAAUGAAACGGGCAUGUGACCUACGGGAUGAAUUCGCCACUUUCUACACCUCAUUGGAAUUGGAACAACGCGAAGAGUUGGAAGAGAACGUGAAGAUCCUCUUGAAGAAGGUCGUCACAAAUAUCGAUUUUGUCGAUGAGGUAACGCGACUGUCCGAAGAAUUCGGUCAACGUUUCGUCGAACUACGUUCAAUCGGCUUUCGACCCGAUUAUUUUGCAAUAAUGGCCGAUGCCACCAUUAAGGAAUGUACACAUUUGGAUUCGGCCGUGCACAAAGCUCACACCACCACACAAGCCUUUUCCCAGUUUGGCGCACUGGUAUGUUUCUCAGCUUUCAAGCUUUGUUUCCUUCGGAACUCAUACUUCAAUUCUGAUUUCAUCAUCAUAAAACUGUAA